AACUUCUCGUAUCUCGCUACAAUAAACAAUAAUAACGUCCAAGCGGAAAAUUAGAAUGGUGCUUUAGUUAACAUUGCCAACGUUUUGUGCGCGUGUAUAGGAAAUUUCCCGUCGAAUUUACGUGUUUGUUGCUGUGAAAGUGAUCUUUUCCAGACCGGGAACCACUGGAUUUUGUUACUACGAAGAAGAGUUAAAACUGCUCGUAGCUCCAAUCUGCUCCGUGAGAUUCCGUGUUCCGGUGUGUUUGCAAAGCGUCAGCUGUUCCGUGGCCAACAAAGUGAGAGCCGGAUAGCAGCAAACAAAAAACCUUCGCUACAGAAAGUGAUAACGUUAUGGAGUUUCGGGUGUGCUAUUUCAAUCAACGAACCUAAAACGCAUGCGUGUGUGUUGUGUUGAGGUUGUUUCGGAACAGGAAUUGCAACAGCAGGAACCGAUAGGCAAAGAACCCUUUGUCGUAAAAUGGAUGGUAGCCGCGGCGCUGCAAAAAGGGUGACACUUUCUAGCGCCGUCGUUGCGUGAAAAGACAAACACGGUAGAAUUGAGCGUCGGUGUGUGCGUGUCGUAGAAAAGGGGAUUUCUUUUGCCAAUAUGUGGUGCCUCGUGAAUCUGCCGAACGGCACCACUUCCGGUGUGCAGUGUGAUCCGAAGCGCAUCAGCCAGGAGUGUCUGGAGAAGGUCUGUGCCGAUCUGGGUAUCAUCUGCGAGACGGACUACUUUGGUCUGAUACCGGUGCGCGUCGGUGACCAUGCGGACGUGGACGAGUGCAGCGUCAAGCAGUGGAUCAACCUGCGCAAUCCACUGCAUAUCUACACGAACGACCGAACGCAUCCGUUGCUGCUGUCGCUUCGCGUAAAGUUCUGGGUCCCGGCACACCUGAUACUGCAGAGUAGUGUCCGUAACCUGUUCUACAUGCAGGCCCGCCAGGAGCUCUUCGAUGGACAUCUGCGACCCACCAGCUGGGCUAAUGCCGCAUAUUUGGCCGCUCUACUGCUACAAGCGGACGGUUACAAGUACGAUCCCGUGAAGGUUCCACCAGCACCGGUCGGGGCCAUCGAAUCGGAAUCAGUUUGCCGGUCUUCGACGGCUGGCGCUACGGAUGUUACCGAUCUUCCCGACCGUCGACCGGUCCCGCAACUUCGACGUCCAUCGAAGCGAAAAUGCUCCGAAAUCGAGUGCAAGCGUGGAAGCGUUAGUUCGCAGAGCUCUGCCUCUCCGCCGAUCGGUUGGCAUUUGGACGAUCUAGGAUCGCACUCUGGCGGCAUUUCUCCAUCGGCAGCACCUGCCGCGGAAGAGUUGGCCAAAGCUUCACCAAAGAACAUUUACCAUCGGUACGGUGCCCUACGGCCCGCAUUCGAAGGCGAUGAUGAUGUGGCCGAGGGACAACGGCAACUAGCUCAGCCCACCGAAUACCAUCAGCAGAUUGCUGGCGAGCACGAGAAGCUGUCGCUGAUCAAGAUGAGUGCCACCUCGGCGCAGUACUGGCUACUGGAGGAAAUCUGCAGUUUGAUGGGGUACGGGGAAGAAAUCUUCGACGGUGUUACGAUCGGCGAGCCGGCCGUCGUUUGCAAAAUCAGUGUCAGUCCGCACGGCUUAACCAUCGUGAAGGACGACGAAAAGUAUAGCGUUCCAUUUACUGCCGUGAAACUGGCUAAAUCCAUCAAGCGAUCGUUUCGCCUGACGUACAUGAACGAAAACCACGUAGAGACGCACGUGGAACUGAAGCUGCCCAGUCACCGGACGGCGGCCUCUCUGUACCGGGCGAUCAUCGAGAAGCACGAGUUCUACUCGUGCGAAACCGUGCGACCCAUCGUGACGACGCAGUUCAUUCGCGAUCUAAAGGGUACGAUCGCGUCCAUGUUUAACGAGGACACCGAGCUAGGCAAGCGGUACGUGUUCGAUAUCAAACGCACCUGCCGCGAGGUGUACGACGCCGCCCGCCGGACCCUCCACGCACGCGGCAUCGAGAUCAGCAACAAGGUGGAAGAGCACACCGAAAAUCCGGCCGAUGCACUUGGGCGGUUGAAAGAGACGCAGCGCGCGCAACGUGAAGAGUACGCGCAGUUGGAGCGGCUUUAUGACGAGCGGAUACGAGAGGCGAUCACCUGCCCCAUCUGUGCGGAUGGCGUGAUCGAUACGACUUUUCUGCCCUGUGGCCACAUGACGGCGUGCAGGGCGUGUGCAGAGCAAUGCGAGCGUUGUCCGCUGUGCCGUUCGAACAUUGAGUGUAUCAGCAAAAUUUUCCUUCCACCAUUGCUGCAAUCGCGCAAAAGCACAACGGCAGCCACAGCGUCAAGAGUGCUGCUGCAGGAAGAAUAUCUUUCCGCCGCCCCGGAUCCCGGAACCGUUGGCGGCCUACCGAAAGCUCCACAUCCGGUCGCAACGUUGGUGCUGUAAACCCGACCGAUGAAGAAAACCAGUGCAAGAACCUUCAUUUACAUCGCUCAAAAGAAGGCGGAACACGAACGUGGCGGGCGAAACACAUAUAGAUAAGCGAAUUGGUGAUAUUAUUUGUUAAAUGUAUUGUUGCACGUGCUGAACACUGUAGCAGCCGGUAAGGAAGCGAAAAAUCUAGUUCGAACAGUCGAAACGAAAGAUCAGUUUAGUCAGUGAAUCGAUGUGUAAACAAAAAAAUUACCACUAGUUGUGUACCCGUUAGGGGAAAAUGUUAGUAGCUACCGUUAAGUUUAUCGAUGCUAGUUUUCAACACCGUGAUCCUUUUAUGUUUUUAGAAUGCUCUGUCGAUUAGCGCUGUCCUUCUUUUUCUAUGUUUUUCUUAAAAUUUUACAAUGCAAAAGUACGUUUAUCAAUAUCAGGCUUUAAGAACGGAACAGACACCAAGUUCGCAUUGUUGGGCAAUGUGUUGGUGUGAAGUAUUUUUUUUUCGAACCUAAAAAAUUCCAACAAUGGGCGCGAUUCACGAAACUGGUCAAUGCCACUGUUAGUAGAUGGAUGGUUGGUUGAACGGUUGGUCUGUGCUAACAUAUCGUUUCCCUACCACUAACAAGCAAAUAUGCUGAUAACCGUUGUGUAAGAUAAUAGUAAUUGUUAAAUGGCGUCGCUUCUAAGAAGUUUCGCGCAUUAAAAGGCCACAUAGUGUUUAAGAAUGCAGAGCAAAGGUUACAUGUUUGAAAAGAUUGAAAGAUUGAAAGUUACAUGUUGUACUACAAAAAACGCAGAAAAAUAACUAAACUGUUGUGGC